UUGACUGAAAGCUUCCUGAUAUUUUUUACUUGACAGGACUUGGACCAAGAAGCUUUAAUGCAAUUUCUCUACAAAUAACCAACUAUGAGGAAACGACCAGUUUGGCUCGCUCAGAAAUCUGCACCAGAAAAUAGGUCUGGAUUGGAAAAAAAUGAAUCUGACAUGCGGAACCCACAGUUCCAUUGCGAUUUGUGGAUAUGUUUUACCAUUCAAAACUGGAUUCUUGACUUUGGCAGACCAAUUGUAAUGCUCAUUCUCCCACUGGAAUGGUUUCCACUCAACAAACCCAGUGCUGGAGACUACUUUCACAUGGCCUACAACGUCAUAACACCAUUUCUUCUUCUCAAGUUGAUAGAGCGGAGUCCUACUGCUUUGCCUCGUUCUGCGGUAUACAUCAGCAUCAUAACAUUCGUCAUGGGGGCCAGCAUACAUCUGGUGGGGGACUCCAUAAACCAUCGUCUCAUUCUCAGUGGCUACCAGCUACACUUGUCCGUCCGAGAAAACCCCAUCAUCAAAGACCUCAAGCCUGCAUCCCUGAUUGAUUCUUUCGAAUUACUUUACUAUUAUGAUGAACACUUGGGACAUUUGAUGUGGUACAUUCCAUUCUUCAUUAUUCUUUUCCUUUAUUUCACUGGUUGUUUCACUCAUGUGAAAGAGCAGAAGAAAAUGCCUCUGGCCGGCUGGAUUCUCUUGGGCCCUAGUGCCCUCUACUACUGGUAUCUGGUAACCGAGGGCCAGAUUUUUAUCUUGUAUGUAUUCACUUUCUUCGCCAUGGCUGCCACUGUCAUUCAGCAGAGGCAGAGGGGAUUUGUCCUGGACAGUAACGGCCUCUUCCUUUUCUACAACUUCAUCCUGACACUUGGCCUCGUCGCGGUUUGGGUGGCGUACCUCUGGAACGACCAGGUGCUCCGGAAGAAAUAUCCCGGUGUUAUAUAUGUGCCUGAGCCUUGGUCGUUUUAUACAUUAUACAUUAAAGACAGCCAUUAGCCCGGUGCUUUUCAACCUUGGGGUCAGGACCACAUGUGGGGGUCACCUGGAAUUCGAAUGGGGUUGACUGAAUUUUCAAGUGGUGGAAAAAAGAAUACUGAUGGAAAAAAAUGAUUCAACUCAUUAAUAUUAGGAUUAAAACAACACAUACAGUUUUGCAGAAUAAAAUGUGUGGGGGGUUGUGAGAACUUUGGGAGGUCAAAAUGGGGUCCCAGGCCCAAAAAGCUCCUAGCCUGAUUAUCAUCGACUUUCAAAUCUCUUCGAGACUUGGUCUGACCUAGAGCAUAACCAUUAACGUUGCCCAAACGGCAUGGUUGACCUGCCUCCCUAGGUUUGCUAUUGGUUGACUGGUUUCCGUCAAAGUGGGUGGAGUUCCCGAUUUUUUGGAAGAUCAGAAACGAUAUUUACACUGCACUUGGCCUGACUAGAAGCAACGCCGGAGGUGUUGCAUCACUAGGAGGGUGUGGCCUGGCUUGGAAGUUUCUACCAUCCGACCCUAUUUGUAUAAUGCUCAUCAUGAUACUGUUACAACAACCACCUCGAUGUCACUGCUCCAAAAAACCUGUUGCACUAGUUAAAGUUCAAUCCAAUACUACCGGUUCCUCUGAUUUUGAAAGCUGUUACCUUGAUUGCUUUUACCCUGCACUGAAGGUUUGUGUUACAGCCAAGCUCAGGUUGUUGUUUCGAGCAAGAAGACACACAAUACAGAGAUUCGACCUGUGUGUGUGGUCUAUCCUUUGUUUUUACUGAAUGAAAGUGUUUGUCAUCCUUAUUGAAGGCCAAAGGUACAUUAGAUAUAAAGUUUCAUGCAAACCAGCCUGAUGUAUGUAUACAUUUCCUGAAUGUACCCUGCUGUAUUUUGCCUUUUUUAAGACCCAGUAAAUGUGUUUUUAUCUUGUUA